AUGACCUCUAUAGGGCCUGUGGUGCGGAUUACACCAAACAUACUUAGCUUCUCCGAUCACCGUGCAAUCAAAGUUAUCUACGGACGCGGUGCUGGCGAGUUUGCGAAGGGCGAUGGGUUCGGUAAUGGGUUUCUGCCAGGCGGAGAUCCGCCAGUAUUUUUUGCGAAGGAUCCAGUGGUGCACUCACGCGUGAGGAAACGGAUUGCUCACGCUUAUUCGAUGACAUCUGUGGCUCAAAUGGAGCCGUCAGUAAGCGCUUUAGUAGAGGAAUUCAGUCGAAACAUCGGCAGGUUUGCAGAACGCGGCGAGGAAUUUGACUUGGUCGAGUGGGUUAAUCAUCUUACCUUCGAUUUGAUAAGUGAGCUCGGAUAUGGGAAGAAAUUUGGAUUCAUGGAGACAGGAGGCGACGUUAACGGAUAUCAAGAAUCAAUGCAUCAUAAUUCACCUAUGUUUCCAAUUUUAGCUGCAUUUCCAACCCUCGCGGCGCUAUUGGGAGUCGUAAUAAAAUAUCUUCCUCCUCCUAAAUCUGCAACUGGAAUCGGUCAUCUAUUUGGGCUAGCAAAAAAGAUCAUCGCUGAUCGACGUGCUUCCACCAGUUCAAGUAAUAAAAAAGAUCUCCUCGGUGGUUUUCUUACUUCCAAGACUGAGGAUGGCUCCCCAAUAUCCGAAAGUUCAGUCUUUGGUGAAGUCAUGGGGACACUUAUUGCUGGUGCAGACACCACCGCAGCAUCAAUUCAAGGGGCAAGCCUCUAUCUUUUACAGAAUCCUCCAGUUCUUCAGCGUCUCAUAGGCGAACUUGAUCAAACCAACCCAGUAUCUUACGCAGAUACGCUGCCUCUAGAGUAUUUCAACGCUGUGUUAAAGGAGACUCUCCGACUAUCGCCCUCUAUCGGCGCAACAUUCGGCCGGAAAGUUCCGGUGGGGGGAGCAGAAAUAUUACCUGGUAUCUGGGUCCCAGGAGGCUUUGAAGUCGGAAUCAAUAAUUGGGUUGUUGGGAGAGAUAAGGCCUUAUAUGGAGAUGAUGCGAUGGAGUUCAGACCCGAGCGAUGGCUGGAAAAGGGCAAUCGAGCUCGUUUUGCGGAGUUUGAAUUUGGAUUUGGAGGCGGGAAUAGAGUGUGCAUUGGCAAGAAUGUUGCAAUGAUGGAGAUUUGUAAAACGAUUCCUGAAUUAUUUGGAAAAUUCGAGCUGGAACUAAUGAAUCCGGAGAACCCAUGGGUUGAAGAGUCGAGAUUGUUCUUAUAUAAGAGUGGACUGAGAGUAAGGGCGAGAAGGCGGGUUCUUAAGGUUUAA